AAAAAAAAGGAAAGAGGAAAGGGCGGAAGAACGCGAGCGUUACGAAGAGAGAGGAGGAGCAGCAGGCGAGGCCAAGCACGUACCUAUAGAAACUAGAUAUACCGACCUGCCUAGGGCUUUUUUUGCCUGUCCAACCUCUUCACCCUCGUCCGCCUCCCCUCCUCCCACCCUCCCUACUCCCCCGAAUACUACCCGGCUUCGUUGCUGGCUCGCCUCAAAGCCGGACCCGUCUCGGCCUCAGCUUGCUGCUGUCCGAUACCUACAUAUUUAGCCUCUCCCCGCACUUAAAGCCAUUCUCGCCCACCGAACUGCCUGCCUACUGAUACACCCCCCCUGCCUUAUCCCACACCUGCGCCUCGCCGUCGAGAAAAAAAAAAGAGCUCUCGUCGUGAUAUUUACCGCAUCUCGUCGGGUCGAGAUCGUUGCGUGCCAGCCUGCAGCUCCGGGGCACAGCCGUCGGCAUUCUUGAGAGGUCGCGAGACAGAAGAAGAAGAACUCCGUCUCCAAUAUGCCCGUUGCCGAAGGUGUUCCGCAGACCUUGUACGACAAGAUCCUAGCUGCCCAUGUCGUAGAUGAGAAGCUCGAUGGCACGGUGCUGUUAUAUAUCGACAGACACCUCGUCCACGAAGUCACGUCGCCUCAAGCCUUCGAGGGCUUGAAGAAUGCCAAGCGCAAGGUGCGAAGGCCAGACUGCACCCUCGCUACCACAGACCACAACGUCCCCACCACCUCGCGAAAAGGUAUCAAGGAUAUUGCCACCUUCAUCAAGGAGGACGACUCGCGCCUACAAUGUACGACCCUCGAGGAAAACGUCAAGGACUUCGACAUCACCUACUUCGGCCUGGGCGAUAAGCGCCAGGGCAUCGUCCACGUCAUCGGCCCUGAGCAGGGCUUCACCCUCCCGGGCACCACCCUCGUCUGCGGCGACAGCCACACUUCUACGCAUGGCGCGUUCGGUUGCUUUGCCAUGGGCAUCGGCACCAGCGAGGUCGAGCACGUCUUGGCUACCCAGUGCCUCAUCACAAAGAGGAGCAAGAACAUGAGGAUACAGGUCAAUGGCGAGCUCGCCCCCGGUGUGAGCUCCAAAGAUGUCGUGCUCUACGCCAUCGGUUUGAUCGGGACCGCCGGCGGCACCGGCUCCGUCAUCGAGUUCUGUGGCUCCGUCAUUCGUAGCCUGAGCAUGGAAGCCCGCAUGUCUAUCUGCAACAUGGCUAUCGAGGCUGGUGCUCGAGCUGGCAUGGUUGCGCCUGACGACAUUACCUUCGAAUACCUCAAGGGGAAGCCGUUAGCGCCGGUCUACGGAACGCCGGGCUGGGAGCGCGCGAUCAAGUACUGGCGUAGCCUUCACUCUGACCCCGGCGCCAAGUAUGACAUCGACGUUCAGAUCGAUGCCAAGGACAUCGUCCCCACCGUGACCUGGGGCACAAGCCCCGAGGAUGUCGUGCCGAUUACUGGAAGCGUUCCCGACCCCGAGACGUUCAAGAGCGAGUCAAAGAAGGCAGCUGGCCGCAGGAUGCUGGAGUACAUGGGCCUCACCCCUGGUACCCCGAUGCAAGAUAUCCCCGUCGACAAGGUCUUCAUCGGUUCCUGCACGAACUCGCGAAUCGAAGACCUUCGGGCCGCCGCGCAGGUCGUCAAGGGCAAGAAAAAGGCUGACAACGUCAAGCGUGCCAUGAUUGUUCCCGGCUCCGGGAUAGUGAAGGGCCAAGCCGAGGCCGAGGGUCUCGACAAGAUCUUCCUAGACGCCGGGUUUGAAUGGAGGGAGGCUGGAUGCAGCAUGUGCCUGGGCAUGAACCCCGAUAUCUUGGCCCCAAAGGAGCGAUGCGCGAGCACGAGCAACCGAAACUUCGAGGGCAGACAAGGGGCCCAGAGCAGAACCCACCUCAUGUCCCCGGUCAUGGCCGCGGCGGCAGCCAUUACUGGCAAGCUUUCCGACGUCCGGAAAUUGACAGAGUACAAGGCUAGCCCACACAUCGAAGCUUACAAACUCAAUACCUCGACGCCGGGCAAGGCGCAUGCCGAUGAGGCCAUCGAGGAUGACGAUACCGCUAGAGAAAGACUCGGGGACCAGCCCGAGGAUUCCUCGCCUCAGGUCAACACGCUUGUCGCGGAGGCAACUGGAUCUCAAGGUCUGCCGAAAUUCCUUGUCCACAGGGGCAUCGCCGCCCGCUUGGAUCGACCCAACGUCGAUACCGAUGCCAUCAUUCCCAAGCAGUUCCUCAAGACCAUCAAACGCACAGGCCUCGGAACCGCUCUCUUCCAUGACUGGAGAACCAAGGAAGACGGGUCGCCGAACCCCGACUUCAUCCUCAAUCAGGAACCGUGGACGAAGGCCAAGAUCUUGGUCUGCACGGGGGCCAACUUCGGCUGCGGAAGCUCCCGCGAGCACGCCCCCUGGGCGCUCAACGACUUUGGUAUCCGGUGCGUCAUCGCGCCAUCUUUCGCCGACAUCUUCUUCAACAAUACGUUCAAGAACGGCAUGCUACCCAUCGCGAUCAGGAACGCGACCGAGCUCGAGCGGAUCGCGACAGAGGCGGGGGCAGGGCGGGAGAUCGAGGUGGACCUGCCGAACCAGGUAAUCCGUGAUGCGGACGGCGUUGAGAUCUGCCAGUUCGAGGUCGAGGAGUUCCGUAAACAUUGCCUCGUCAACGGCCUCGACGACAUCGGGCUCACGCUGCAGCUCGAGGAUAAAAUUGUCGAGUACGAGCGGCGCGUCUCAGCGAAUACCCCUUGGGUCGAUGGUACGGCCUACCUCAGGCGUAAGGGUCAGGGCGGCAAGCUUGCCGCGAAGGCGGUACCCGUCCCCACGACAAACCGUGGCCAGCCGCUGAAGGACCCCAUCGACUGGUGAAGGAGUGGGAACCGAAGAGGGAAAAGUUUUAAGAAAAAAAGGCGAGACAGAGGAAAGUGGAAGGGGGCCCAUGUACGUGCUGUGACAUCGUGCCGGUUGGCGUUUGUAGGGUGAUUUUCAUCUACGUACAGGUGGGGUGGCGGCUAGCAAACUACGAGGCAACGUGGUACUUGUUGUCUUGCUUUGCAUAGUGGAUGAAGGCGAUUUACUGGUAUGGUGGCUAGGUAGGUAGGUUUGUUCAUGUCGCGUGCGCGCACAUCAUCAGAAGUUUUAAGGUCGGAGGUUGAAGUCGGACGUCGAAACCUGGCGAUUUCGAGAGUCGGAUCAGUCAAGUACCAGCCAAUACAUAUACACACUUUCACGGCUGGGAUCCUAA